AUGGACAUGGUCCUGAGAAGCUUUCCGAUGAAGUCCCUAGGGGCGAUGCAGUGGCUGCGUGAUGCUCGAACUGAACAGGACAAUCCAGCUUCUGUGCCGCUUUUCGAUCUUCUAGAGGAGACGAGUGUGUUUGCGAGCGCGCUGCCGGGCGACAAACUCUACAGGGUCAUGUCUCUUGCUGAUCAAUCAGUCAGCAUACCCGUCGACUACGCCCUGAGUGGAGAAGAAAUCUUCACCCGCCUAGCAAUCGAAUUCCUGGAGAACAGACAGUCACUGGAUAUUCUAAGCCACUGCAUGCUUCCUGCCACACAAUCGAAGCUCAAGUUGCCGUCGUGGAUUCCGGACUAG